GCUCAUAACUGGUUGUGUUAUUAAGUACUGAGCAAUUUUCGAAGCCACUACAGUAGUUUCGUCAAAGCCCUCGUCGACUGGGAAAUAAUUGCGCGUGGUGAAGGGUAGAAUUUCCUAAAUUCCAUAGUAUGUUGCACAAUAUUCACUUGGCUCUGCACGUUUGACUACGUGAUGUUGACGGACGCUGUGAUCAUAAUAAACUGUAUUACGAAUUACGAUGGCAUUGCGCGGCGAUCAUAUAGAUUACGGAUGGGCCGACUCGGACGGGCGACCCCGCGUUCUUCCUUUGCCGCCACCGCCUUUUCAUACUUUGCCCGUCGAACUCGUGGCGCGCGUAUUUUCUUACCUUGACAUUUUCGAAGUUUUAAAAUGUUCCACUGUAUGCAAGCGGUGGAAGGCAAUCAAUCAGGCGCCAAGAGUCCAUGACGCCAUCAUCAUCGAUCUGCUCAAAUGGGACAAGUACGGCUGUAACUGCACCGGUGGCUAUCCUGAACCGGAAUACAAGAAGCAGGCCCUUAUUAAAACCAAGCCACUGAUGCAGCGGUUCAUUACUCGAUUCACUCGCCAACUGCUUAUCCGCUGGCCACUGGACACCAGUCCACCCAGUGCGGAUUUCGCGAUAUGUACAGAAUACCAUUCGGAAUAUCCAGUCUCGGAGGAUGAAUUCUACUCGUACGUGUCAUAUGCAGACAACACUGGGCAUGAUAAAUCUGUCGCGCACAGUAUUCAAAAAGUUAUGAGCAUCCUCGAAGUGAUCCAUGGCGGCUCGGACGGCAGAGCUUUGGAACUGAAGAAUCUUAAGCUGGUUGUUCAACACCUGAACCUGUACACUAACACCUUGUGGGAUGUCAUACCGCAAUUUUUGCACGCAGUCACUUUUGACAAUGUCAACUUGCACUGCCACUUUCAUCCAACCGGAAACGCCCGGCCCAAUCCCAUCAUCCUGCGUACAAUUGUGGCUAAGGAAACCAUCACUAGAGAUGAGAUGUGGCUCUUUGGCUUGGCGUGCGGCUCGCGCUGGGAAAUACCGCUGAAACGGGGAAUAAGUUAUCCUCAAGAUCAAAUGCGCUAUAACCAUCCAAUGCGUAAUGUAGAGCUUUUUGGUCGUUUGAUCGUGUUGCCGCUGUCAGAGGAUGAUGAGAUAAUUAUGCAGUGCGUGCUGCGCUCAUCAAGCAAAAUCGGUCACCUUGCAGAUUACUGGAUCACGUACUUUGGUCUUCAAGGCAGCGCAGGUGCCUGGGCCGAGAAGACACUGGCGGAAACGGAACUAACACUGGACAAGAUCCGUCGAUUUCCCCGUUGGCUGCAAUACUUGGCGCGUGAUCUUUUGCAGUACUAUCCGCACGAGAGGGAGAAAGACAGGGAAUUAACGUACGAUCCUUGCGGCGCGUCGGUACAGAGAAUGUUGGGUCCCUUUAUCCACAAACACAUGGCGCUCCAGCUGAUGUCACACGAUGGCAUCUACCAAGACUGCGGCUAUACUAAACCUAUCAACGUGCCACCCCCUCUGUGGUAAACCUAGCGAGGCGAUUACAUAGCAUUGCGUUGCUAAUUUUGUUAUGCAGUUGUAUAAUUACUUUGAAAUAAUAAUACUUAAUUUAUGACUAACAAUAUUGUAAUUUUGAUUCUAACAAAGCGAUAAUCGUGGCCAUUUAUCGUUCCGCCGGCGUACCAGAUUUGCCCAUGUCUUACUUGUAAACCUAACAUUGCCUAAUAUUUUUGCUUGCUGUUUUGUCGGAAAACGUGCAGUUUUGCGUUUCGAUGCUGUAGUAAGUAUUGAAUACAGCCUCCACUGCCGCGCUGUAA